AUGAGCGAGAUUGACACGGGAGAUAUAAAUCAACGGACCGCUUUGCCGCCUCCUUCGGCUCCCACUAACCCUCUCCCUCCCCCUAAACUCCCAGCAAUUAAGAUAUCUGAAUUUAGCGGUGGGGAGGAACAUUGGCUUGCAUUUUGGGAUAUAUUUAACAGUUUAGUUCACAAUCGUAGGGAUAUUUCCGAUGUGAUUAAGUUUUCUAUACUCAGAGCUAGUUUGAGGGAUAACGCCUUUAAAGCCAUAGAAGGUUUGCUUGUCACUAAUGCCAAUUAUUCAGUAGCUAUUCAGACCCUUAAGGAGAAGUAUGAUAAUAAGGAAAAACUGAAACGUAGACUUAUGUCCAAAUUAACACAUUUAGUCCCUCCCAGUCAUACAAUAAAGGAUUUGAACACGUUCAAAUUGGAAUAUGAACACAUUGAAUUUAGAAGUAGAGGCCAUGAACCCCGUUUUCUCUAG